CCGCUCCCUCCCUCCCGGGGCGGUGCUGCGGCCGCGGAACGCUGCGGAGCGGCGGCGCGGCGCGGCACGGCACGGCACAGCACGGGGCCAGGAUGGGCCGGACGCUCGUGGAGCUGUUUUACGAUGUGAUCUCCCCGUACUCCUGGCUGGCGUUCGAGGCUCUCUGCCGGUACCAGCACAUCUGGAAUAUUGACCUGCGCUUCCGUCCAGCUUUCCUUGGUGGCAUAAUGCAACAAACAGGUAACAAGCCGCCAGCAAUGUUACCAAAGCGAGGGGAAUACCUGCUGAAGGAUAUGAAAAGGAUGGCGAAGUACUACCAGGUGCCUGUAUGCAUGUCACCAGAUGCCUUCCAGCACAUCAUGGGCACAAGCAGCCUGACAGCCAUGCGCUUUAUCACAGCCGUUGACAUGACAGACCCACAGUACCUGGAACCCUUAUCGAGGGAGUUCUGGAUGCGGUUUUGGUCACAGCAUGAAGACAUCAGUCAGCCAGAGAGCAUAUUGGCUGUUGCCCGACAGGCUGGACUCUCAGCAGAGCUCUCCCAGAAGGCACUUGAAAUGAUUUCAUCCCCUACAGUGAAGGACCGACUGAAAGACACAACAACUGAAGCACUGAAAUAUGGGGCAUUUGGGAUGCCUGCUGUUGUGGCACAUUAUGAUGGGGAACCUCAUCUGUUUUUUGGCUCUGAUCGUUUAGAGCUGCUAGGCAGUGUUAUAGGUGAAAAAUGGCUGGGACCAGUUCCAAGCCCCAAGCUGUGAAAAGUCCAGGGGAAACAUAUAGGAAGGAAAAUAUAUAUGUCAGUCUUCAGUGGUUAUCUUAAUGUAUUCAAUUUUAUGGAGAGAUGGCUUUCUCAUCCUUAAGUUAACUUCACUGCUUGAUCUCAUCUCUAAUUUUGAAAAACAUACCAAGGUUUGCCAGUAUUACUAGCCUGGUGAGGUGCUUACCCAUACAAAUGUGCUUCCUUUCUUUCAACAGAUCAAAGAUUAACAUUAAAGAUUUAACUUCUUGCAGAGUGAA